UGAAUGAACAGCCACAGAGGAGGCAGCUUUGUUGUGUGUUUGGUUACAGAGUCACUAAGAAACACACACAAUCCCCCGGCCUGGGUUACCAUGGAGACAGUCAAACUUUCAUUCACUUCCUGUUUUCACUGUUAGUCUGACUUCACUGGUUGGUCCCAGAGUAUCAGAGACUCGUCCUCAGACAGACGCACACAGAUGGCAGAUCCAGGCUCUCAGCCUCCAGCUGAAACUUCCAGUCCUCCCCCAGCCAGAAGCUCUGAUGCUGGGCUGAGAGACUUUGAUCCUUCCCUGGAUCCAGAAGUCCAGGAGGGAGAAGGAGAACAGGACCUCCUUCCUGAUCUGGAGAGGCCUGAGGGAAAGAAAGAUGGAGCAGACAGAGCUUUGAACAAACCUCCUGAGCUUCACCUCCACAAAGGUGUGACAGGUGAAGGACACCGGCGAAUAGGAGGACAGAACCUGAGAGCCAUUAGUCACAUGACUCCAACUGCUGCCGCCUCACCAACCACUGGCCCCUCGGUGUCUGGUAAAAGGACGAUGCUGCUGUCCAAUGAGGCGAGGAGAGAAGUAGCCAAACAGGCGAGAGCCGUGAAGGAGGAAUGGCGGGCAGCUCUGGAUGCCCGACAUAAAUACCUGAUGAGCAGGCUGGCAGACGCCGGCAGCCUGGAGGAGGCGGCGGUGGAAGACGCCAUCGUCUCUGAUGACAGAUUCAGUCUGAUCCAUGAAUUCUUUGCUGCAAACGGAUCCAAGAAGCUGAUUUUCUUCUAUCAGGAUGUCAAACAGAGUCUGUCCUCCCGUCAGUCUUCCUCUGUGGACGCAUCAAACUCAGCUGUGGCUCAGAGGAAACUCUUCCUCACUACGGGGAACUCUGAGCCUUUACUGGGGAAAUGUCUGUUCUUCCUGAGAACCACUGAGAAGGCCAUAACCACCGCCAACGUGCAGCAGGAAGUGAACUUUGGCGUGUUGGACUGCAGCGGCGGCGGUGGCGUCCUGAACAGUCUAGAAACUCUGCUGACUCACAUCAUGUUACCUGCUCUCAGGUCGCAACAGGUAAAACACCUCCAUCCAUUCAGGCUUUCACUGAGCACAAAAAGGGAGAUGUUUUAAGCUUCCAGUGAUCACAUGACGCCAUAUAUGAAGAUUUUGUUGAUGGUGGGAAGGAAGAUGUUAGAUUU